GUGACGUGCUUAAUAUUUGGAAUAAAUUAUGAUAAUGAGGAUACACACUCAACACUCGUGACGUCACGUAAUUAGGUCCUAAAUAUAAAGUAUUGUUGGUGUUCUGCAUGCCGAGAUCAUCGCGAUGAAAACCGAUCUUUUAUAGGAUUAUGGAGUCCCAAAAGGUCCAGUUUGUCGGGGCGUCCUGUGGAAAACAUGGACCAUACACAUUUUACAAGGCGUUCAAAUAUUUUAGAGACAACAAAUUUAGAAUUUUAACACUUGGAGAAUUUUUCUUUCUGAAGAUAUUGAAAGAGGGCCCCAUUUGUAUAGGGGAACUUCAGUUGUUGUGGGAAAAUAGUCAGGAACACCAGAUUCUUGCCAGCGUCCGACUGUAUUAUCUACCAGAGCACACUCCAGCAGGAAGAGAAAAUUGCCAUGGAGAGCAUGAGAUCCUUGCCUUCUCGGAGAAGUUGAUCCUGAGGUUGGAUGACCUUGUGAGUCUAGUUUACCUAGAUCAUGUCGAGUGGGGCUUUGGUCUUGCCCUUCUUCAUGAAGACAAUGUGGAGGGUGAAGUCAAACCAACAGAUCCUCAGACAAAGUUCUUUGCUGACACACAGAACUCCGGACUUAUUAUGGAUGACGUCCAGAAGGAAAUUGAUGUACUGGGAGAACAAAAAACGACAUCUACCUGUGUGAAGGUGCUGAGUUUUGCCCAGUACUGCCGUUACCGGGCCAUCAUGAAGAGACUAGAAAACAUGGCUGACAAGUGUCUUAAACAGCAGAUCAUCUGUGCUCUAGGUGGCAUCACAUCCAAUAAUCAUAACAACCGUAUCAUGUUCUGUCGUGACACAUUUGAUGACCCGGAUCUUGAUGACCUUGAAGUACGAAUGGAUCAUUUAGCUCCAAAUCUUAAAGGACGACCUCGGAAGAAAAGAUCAUCGAAAAGUGAUGGCAACGGAGAAUCAGACAGCAACGAAACAUCUUCGGACAUAUCUACACCUUCAUCCAGAGUCAAAGCCAGCAAGAGAGAAUCUGCACUACGCAAUGGCUUUAGAUUUGACAAGGAUAGGAUCAGCAAAGACGAACAGGCCUUCCUGAUAGACUUGCACAAGUUUAUGAAGAAACGCCACACCCCUAUAGACAGAAUUCCUUCUCUGGGGUUUAAACAAAUUGACCUUUGGUACUUCUAUACCUACGCACAGAAACUUGGUGGCUAUGAACAGAUUACUAGGAAGCGAUUAUGGAAGCACUUAUAUGAUGUGUUAGGAGGAAAUCCAGGAAGUACUAGUGCUGCCACCUGUACUCGUCGACAUUACGAAAAAUUACUUCUGCCCUAUGAGCGAUAUGCACAGGAAGAGGUCACAAGAUCUACAGUAUCAAAUAAACAAAAGCGGAAGGCAGAACUUCUCGCCAAAGCGCGGGCUGAAGCUAAAGAGAGGCUUCAGGACGCUCAAGAUUCAGACUAUGAUUAUGAGGAGGAGCAAAAUCAUGCAUUUAAAAGAAGGAGGCGACCUCUUAGCCUCACUUCAGACAAAGUCCAACUCUGGGAGACGCUUCGCAAACACAAGGCUAUAGAACGAGACAAGUUGAAGAAAGUUUCUCGCAAUCCCAAAACUGUGAAAUCCUUAUUGAACAAUGCAGAAAAAGAGAAGUCUUAUAUGGAAAUGAUGGUAGAUAAUGGCGAAAACAACUUGACUGAAAACUUUAAAAUAAAAUCAGAAAACGUAGGGCAGGAGAAUGGCAAGCAAGAUGUGAAGUUAGAGAAACUAAAUGGUAGUAGUGCAGCAACAGACAGCCUGUCACAGGUCAGUGACAGUAAGAGUUUAGUAAGUCAGUCGAAACUUUUCCGUGCUGAUCCCACGCAAUCCAAUAAUAUUGUCACUGAGGCUGGCCUCUUACAGUUCGAUAGAACAAGACUGUCGCAGAUGCCUGGCCAUCCGACAUUACCGGGUGGAGGAAUGUUCUAUUCACCAUUUAUACAUAUGGGAGGUCUUCACCCUCUCAGUUUACCUGUUAUGCAUCAGAUGCCAGCUUCCAUGCAUCAACUCAUCCCAUCACCCCUUCAACCAGCCAAAUCUACAGCAGACAAGCCUGCUCCCCAUCACAGCACACAGAGCUCAGCUUCGAGAUCCUCAUCUGAGCAAAGACCAUCUGUCAUUCAGCAUGUACACCAGUCAAAGAUGGCCACAGGUCAUUUUUCAGGUUCAAAAAGAGACACCAGUCCUGCUCCUCAAAAGUCGAACCAGCAUGGUUCUCAUGUUUCCCCAACAUAUGUGGCUGGGGUCACAGCCCCUAAAGCACAUUCAGGAGGAUCCUCGUCACUACUGAAACGUUCAUAUAGCUCAUCAGUUCCAACAGAGGCUCACAUUCCAAACCCACAACGAACUCACCCCAACAAUAGAUCACUGUUAUUUGACUUUGAGGCACCAAAAAGACCAAAGAUGGAGACUCCGCCUGCUCAUAGUAACAAUAGUAACAGCAGUAAACAAGGUUCUGUAGUGUCUACUGAAACAGAACAACCGUGCGACCUCAGUAUGAAAACAUCACGUAAGAGUGUUAAUAGGGACGAUAUGUUGAGAGACAGAAAUGGGGAUUCUGUUGUAGAAAAGGGAAGUAACUCACCCGCCGCAUACCCAUUUUCUGUGAAAUCCUUGGCCCAGUCAUCUGUAUCAUCAUCACGUUACGCCAGUCCCAGCCUGUCCAGUCGCAGUCACCUGUUGUUGGAUAGGGUCCAUAGUCCAGAUGUUCAAGCCAGUGUGUACUCCAAAUCCUCAGUGUCCAGUCCAAAUAUACCACCAGCUUAUGGCAAUAAGUCUGGGGACCGACCCCUAGUACCACCACCUGCCCAUAGCAAUAAGAUAAGUGACAUUAGCCAUCCAUCAAAGAAGUCGUCAUCCUUGGCUCCUGCUCUGCCAUCAUCAGCUCCAGCAUCCAUGCAUUCUCCAACAGAUCCAUCGGGGCUACUCCAUCCUGCCUUCCCUAAUCAUAUGGUUCGUCCCCAGUUCCCACAGCAACAAUACUUCCCAUCACCAAUGCAGCUACAUCAAUUUUUUGAAGCACAAAUCCGAGCCAAUGCAGCUCAGGCUGCAGCAUAUGAAGAGAUGCUGAGUCAUGACCAACAAGGGCCCUACUCGACCAUGGCAAUGCCAAUGUUCAUGCCACAAGUCCCGCUUCAUGCCCAGGCAACAAAAGACAAGUCCCAUUAUGCACAUGCAAAGUAGUGUCAGUUUGCAUGAUGUUGUAUCAUUGUACUGUCAAGUCUUGUUAUUCUUCUUGCCACAAUUGAAGUAUCCCACUAUCUAUCUAGUAUUUUGGAGGGACUGUUCUGUAUAAAUUUCCCUGGUAAUCCAGUCAGUACGCAGUUUGGCCGCUCUAGCAGAGAAAUAUAAGUUUUAAGCUUAAUGAGACUUGGCUGUAUACAUGUAUGGUUUGAUAUUUUGUGAGGUCCUUAUUUAGAUAUUCAAAUAACAAUAUGUGGUCUUCAUUUAAAAGGCAGCUAAUACUCAUACUAUUUCCAUUAAAAAUCAUGUGAAAUUUUGCAAUAUAACUCACAGGUAUUGGUUUUCAAAUCUAUCUUAUGUAAAUGUGUGUAUCAUGAACAUUUAAUUGAUUCAUUUUGAUUUUUUCAACAAGAGAUGAUACUGAUAAGAUAGGUAGAUUCAUUUUUGACUGAUUCUAUACCUGUAUGUGGACAUAGACAUUUAUAUAAAGGGUCACAUUAUAAUAAUGAAAAUGGUUGUUGAUUUUGUUAAAGCCAAAUCAGGAAUAUAAAUACAGUUUUGUGUGAGAGUCUAGAGAGAAUGUUGUUGUGAUAUAAAACAUAUGGGCUUGUAAGUUUGAUUUCGCCAUGGGUUAUUGGAAUGUUAUCCAGUCACAGAGUCCAGUAUAUUGCCAAUUCCACUCUGUAAUUAUGUCCAGAGAGGCUAUAGAAAAUAUAAAAAUGAAGCCCAUGUGAUUGGUUAUUGACAUCAAUGCAAUGUUGUAUAUUAUAUUCAAUGGAAAAUUAACUAAUACGGAUGCAAUUUGUUUUUAACUACAUUGAAACAUGUUGAAAUGCUUGAUUUAAUAAAAAAAAAAAAAACAUUUUUUUUUGGAAUCAUGAUUUAUUAAAUUUAUCAAAUACAGAAUUUGACCCAAAUUUAUUCUUGAUGUAAUUACUAGUAUAUUAGUUUUAAAACUAAUCUCAAAAUAUAAUUCAACAGAAUUGGGUUUUGUAUCAAGUAAGGAAAACUUGAAUUCCUUAUAUUGAUAAUUAAAAGAAAGAUGAUGUUUAUCAGCAGAUUUUUUUUUUUUAUUAAAGUUCUAAAACUUAUGAAAACAUUAACGAUCUAAAUACUGUUCACUAGUAGUGAUGUAAAAUAAUAUUACCGUAGUUGAUUUCUGUUGGAAAUGGUAAAUACAGCUUGAAAUGGAUAUAAGUGUGUUUUAUUGAAAGUUUAAUUAUGGUUAAAUUGUAUUAAAUUUUAUCUAGCUUGUAGUUAAAAUGACAGAUUUGUAAGGCCACUUUUAUACAUUAGUUUCCAUUGAAAAUAACAAAUACUUACAAAAUGCUAAUUAUGGUUUUGUAUUAAUGAAAAACUUGUUGUAUAAAUUAUAAAUUCAUAAUUAAGUCCUGUGAAUUCCAAUAUAUUGAAAUAAAAUAUGUUUCUGUAUUUAAAGAACUGGAAAGUAUUGCUUUUAUCACAUGUUGGGUAAAUAUGUCCAAGCUAUAAACAAUUUGAAGUCAUUAAAAAAAGAGUUCUUCAAAGGUACAGAAUAGCCGGAAAAAAUUUCAACUUAUGUGGAAUGCCAUUUAAUGACUACAUGUCUGUUAGUUUUGUGUAAAGUUAUUGACAUAGAUCAUAUCUUUCAGACCUACCUGCGGAUGUCCCUAAAGAGACUCAAAUUUUGAUGCAUUUAUAACAUUUAUAAUCUUGAUAAAGAAACAAAAGUUGGCGCAAGUGAAUCUCAAGGAUAUUGUAGGUAGAUUGUCAAGAGAAUUCUCCAGUCAUGGUAAUUCUAUCAUGUCAAGGUUUCUCGAUUGAACUUGUUACUUGUUAUGUUUAUACAGUUUCAUAGUUAAAUUGUUAAUGCAUUUAUGAUGUUUAUCUUUCAAAAUUAGAUGAGUGAAGAAAUCCUAGAAUGCUGUUUAGAAAGUGUUUUAUUUAACACUGAAUGUGGAUAUGUAAGCACUUCAUUUGUUACAUCUCCCUGGCUUCUGUAGAGUUCAUUACUAUGGGUUAUACGAGUGUAUAUAUCAGUGUAUAAUUAAGCUGUACAUUACAAAGUUUUUGAUGAUAGGUUUAUAUUUUCUGUAGUGUAUCUUCUGGUGACCCUCAAAACGGGUCAAUUAACUGGGUUUGUUGGUAGCUUGUGCAAUAUCUUAACCAAGAAAAUGUUCUAGAACGAGAUGAUAAUUUUGUUAUUCAUCAACAAAUACCCAACCCUACAACACUUACAGAAUUCUUUGCAAUCUAUUAUGCAUUGGUGAAUCCAUUUGGGGUAAUUUUGAUAGUAAGUGCCUCGUGAAAAUGUACAGUUACUUCCCUUGUUUUACUCCUGCACUCUGAUCAAAGUAUAGGGAAGGAAAUAAAAGAAUCUGUUUGCUCUGUGCUGCCAUUUCUGUAGUUAACCCAUUUUAUGUUUGUAGUAAUGAUGAUAAUCACACCAGUGCCUUUGUGAAAGUUUCACGUAAACAGAUGAAAUGGUAUGUCUGUAUGGCCUAGAUAAUGUUAGUAAUUAUGUUAGGUUAAAAGCUUUCAUUUCUAAAGAUUUAACAUGAUUUUGAAUGAUACAAAAUACAUAUGUAUCACGAGGAUUCAGACAGAAACGAGAUAUGACCAUUAUUUGAUUUUGUUUUCUUUGUUACAUGUAUGUAUCUAGGAGAUGUCCAAAAAAAUCUUUGCGAAACAUUAUCUAAGAAAACAUUUUGAUUUGAUUGUAGUUUUGAAUAUAUUUUUUUCUUUCAGUCAAUGUUUUAGUCACUAGAACUUGCCAUCUUUUUUGACAGUGAGAAUGAAAACAACGAAAUGUUUGUUGGAAACAAUUUAAUUUGAAAAAAGUUACUUCAGCUAAUAAAUAGUGAAACAAAUGCUAUUAACUGGUUCAACAUUAUCGUAAUACUUGAUCCUUUGUGACCGCUACUCUCUCUUGUUGCUGUUAUGUUGAUUAGCAGAUUCUAUCAGUUUUAUUAUUGAACAUACAAUUGUGUGCACUUAAAUCAUGUACGAUACUAUUUAACCUUGCUAUUCAAGGUCAUAUUGAUAUUGUGUCUACAAAAGUUGAAGCUUUCUUCUUUCUGAAAAAAUUGUUCAUUAUUGCUAAAGGUAUUGUGCAAUAAGUUUUGUAAUGUGCACACCGAUAUUAAUGCAGGAUUUUUUAACAUUACAACAAAUUUUUAAAAGGAAGGUAUACUAUUAAAAUGGGUGUAUCAAUCUAAGUAAAAUCCCAAUGAGAUAUUGGAGGACAUGCUUGGACAAGUUAGAUCUUACUUGUAUGUAAAUUGAGGGAAUAAAAGAAAUACCCCGGUAAUCCCCAAUCAGGAGUAGGUAGGUAUGUUCCUUCAUUGUUUCAUCUACUGUCAAAUGAAGGAUUUUGAUCAUAGAGGAAAGGGACUCUGUUGAGAUGUGGGAGGGCAUGCCUGUCCAUGUUCGAACCAGCUUUAGUUCACCUAUGUCAAAUGAGGGAUUAAUAUUUCUUUGUUGUCUAUGAUUAGCUUGAAUCUACCCUUCUGUAGAAAUGUCGGUUUUUUUUGGUUGAUUCUUUUUAAUGACGCUAUCAAUUUUCUCACCUGAAAAUUUAUUGUCUUAAGAUUUUCUACCUCAGCUACCUGUACCAUACACGAAACUUUGUUGAUGUGAUGAUAAGUAAAUAACUCCUUAGUUAGAGAUUUAGCAGAUUUGAACAUGUAUAAAUAUAUAUAUAGCUUAGAAUGAGUGACAGAGAAAGAAAGGUAUUUAACUGAGAGAGAAUAAGCUAGGUUAUCAGAAUUAGAAAUAGGUUGUACUCGCCUUUGUUAACUAGUACAAUAAUGGCUUUAUUUAGCUCUGAUGCUGGACAUAUUUAGAUAUUGUCUGAAUGUCAAAAUGUGUAAUUUCCAUUUUGUUUCUCUUUCUCUUUUUAGUCCUUAUAAUUUGAUUGUUUGGAUAUCAUCUGCGAGACAUUUAAAUUUUAAAUCAAAUUUUAUUUUUUAAAUUUGAAAAAUCUUAUAUAUGUAAAGUAACAGAAGAAAUGUUUGGAAAUUCCCAUUGAUAUAAUGGGAUUAGAAGAAAAGAACCACAUUAAGAUUCCCAUGGCCCAUAUAUAAUAAGUAAAUGGCAUUCUCGCUCUUCCUAGCACCUGCUCUCAGAGAACAAGUGUAUAUAUGUUAUCUUUCUGUGAUUUACCAGUCAUUUGUUAACAACUGGAUCAAAUUGAACUGAGCUCAGUUAAUGCUUGUCCCAGUAUAACUUACUUAGGCCAAGACGUUGGUUCUUGGCCUGUAUAUUGUAAUAUGUGACUGUAGUGAAUAUGUUAUUGUUUUCAGUUUUUAGCAAUAUGUUGUGUAAAUAUCGAAGGAGAUUUUUUAUUAUGUAUUUACUGUUUGUUUGGUACAGAAUGAAAAAGUUCUGUUAACUACUUUCAUAUUUUGUAAGCAAUGCUGAAAAGAUGACGGAACAAAAAAGCCCAAUUUUCAUAUUUCAAAAUCAAUUACAUAUGGCAUAUCUGAGAAAAGUGAUAUGUAUUGAUAUUUCUCAUCACAUUUUCAUUCAUGUAUUCCCGGUAAUUCAUAUCCCUAAUUAAUUUCAUCAUCAGACAUGAAUACUGUGCAAUAUGUAAUUUAGCAGUGAGCUUGAGACCAUUUCAUUCUGUUAUACAGAGUUAUCUUUCUUGUAUAAUAACGAGAAUGGAAUCUUUUUACUGAGAAUACAUGUACAAGUAUAAGAUCAAGUUUGUUUUGUAAAAAAAAACAAAUUAAAAAAAAUCAAGUCCUAUAUAUACACCGAAAUACAUGCAAUAUUCACGUCAGAAAUAUUAAUGCAUAUUACACAGUAGAAAUUGUUUUCUUUGUCUGCAUUUGUAUACAAUGUAAUGUAGAAACUAAUAUAAAGUUAUGUUGCAAUUAGUCAUAAAUUGUUUAUGCAAAGGAAUUUAUAAUGUUUCAUAAGAGGUAUAUAAUUUCUGUGAUUCAACAUUAAACUUGUUGGAAAGAA